AUGGUGGCUCGUCGCACUUGGCUGCUGCCGCCGGUUCUCGCUGUCUGGCUGGCGGUGGCAUUGCUCGCGGCGGACGCGGCGGCGCCCUUGCACCUCGAGGCGCUGCUGGCGUUCAAGAAGGGCGUCACCGCCGACCCGCUGGGCGCGCUGUCCGACUGGACGGCGGGGGCCGGCGACGCCGUCCGCGGCGGGGUGCCGCGCCACUGCAACUGGACCGGCGUCGCCUGCGACGGCGCGGGCCGCGUCACGUCCAUCCAGCUGCUCCAGACCCAGCUCCAGGCCACGCUCACGCCGUUCCUCGGCAACAUCUCCACGCUCCAGCUCCUCGACCUCACCGAGAACGGCUUCACCGGCGCCAUCCCGCCGCAGCUCGGCCGCCUCGGCGAGCUCCAGCAGCUCAUCCUCACCGAGAACGGCUUCGCCGGCGGCAUCCCCCCGGAGCUCGGCGACCUGGGGAGCCUGCAGCUCCUGGACCUCGGCAACAACUCCCUCAGCGGCGGCAUCCCGAGCCGCCUCUGCAACUGCUCGGCGAUGUGGGCGCUCGGCCUGAACACCAACAACCUCACCGGCCAAAUCCCGUCUUGCAUCGGCGAUCUCCACAAACUCCAGAUAUUCGAGGCCUUUAUGAACAAUCUCGACGGCGAGCUUCCGCCUUCAUUCGCCAAACUCACGCAGAUGAAGUCGCUGGACCUCAGCGCCAACAACCUGUCCGGCUCGAUCCCGCCGGAGAUCGGGAACUUCUCGCACCUCUGGAUUCUUCAGCUGGUGGAAAACCGCUUCUCCGGACCAAUCCCGUCGGAGCUCGGCCGGUGUAAGAACCUCACCAGGCUCAACAUAUACAGCAACCGAUUCACCGGCGCCAUCCCUCGCGAGCUUGGGGAGCUCGUGAACCUGGAGGAGUUGCGCCUGUACCACAACGUGCUGUCGUCCGAGAUCCCGAGCUCGCUGGGGCGGUGCACGAAGCUAGUAUCGCUUGGGCUGUCCACGAACCAGCUGACCGGCUCGAUCCCGCCGGAGCUCGGCGAGCUCCGGUCGCUCCAGACGCUGACGCUCCAUGAUAACCGGCUCACCGGCACGGUUCCGACGUCUCUGACGAAUCUUGUCAACCUGACAUACCUGUCGCUCAGCAACAACUCCCUGUCUGGCCGGCUGCCGGAGAACAUCGGGGCGCUCCGGAAUCUCCGGAAGCUCAUCAUCCACAGCAACUCGCUGUCCGGCCCAAUUCCGGUGAGCAUAGCCAACUGCACGUUGCUGUCCAACGCGAGCAUGUCAUCAAACGAGUUGACAGGGCACCUGCCUGCUGGGCUUGGCCAGCUACAGGGCCUCGUGUUCUUUUCAGUGGGCAACAACUCGCUGAACGGAAGCAUACCGAAGGACCUGCUCGACUGCGUCAACCUCCGCACUCUGGUCCUAGCAAGCAACAACUUCACCGGUGGGCUGUGGUAG